AUGGCCCACUUUAUUGAUAAUGAUUGGAAAUUGAAUAAAAAUGUUCUUAACUUUUGUCCAAUUUCUAGUCAUAGAGGAGAGGCCAUUGGUAAGGCGGUGGAAAAAUGUUUGAUUGAGUGGGAGAUUGAUAAAGUCUUUACUAUUACAGUUGACAAUGCAAGUUCCAAUAACGUUGCAAUUACAUACCUGAAAAGGAAAAUUUCUAAUUGGGAAACUUAUAUUCUAGAUGUGAAAUUGCUUCAUAUGAGGUGCAUUGCACACAUUAUAAAUCUAGUUGUAAAUGAUGGCUUGAAAGAAAUGGGUAAAUCUAUUAGUUGUGCUCGGGAGGCUGUGAGAUAUGUGAGACAAUCUUCGGCUAGGUUGCAAAAAUUUAAAGAAUUUGUUAAGGUUGAAAAGAUUCAAAGUAAGAGUUUGUUGUAUUUAAAUGUUAGUACUAGAUGGAAUUCAACAUACCUAAUGUUAGAUGCAGCUCAAAAGUUUGAAAGAGUCUUUGAGAGGUUUGAGGAUCAUGAUUCUCAGUUUAGAAGUGAAUUUGAGAUGGAGGAUGGGAUUCCUACUUGUUUUGAUUGGGAGAAUGUUAGGAGGCUAGUGCUAUUUUUACAAUAUUUUUAUAACCUCAUAGUACGGGUUUCAGGCUCCUUGUAUGUCACAUCAAACAACUUUGUCCAUGAAAUUAAUGUAGUUAAGUGCCUUUUGCAAAAAUGGGUAAACAGUGAUGACAAAAAUUUAAGGGAGAUGGCAAAGAGGAUGAAAGGAAAGUACGAUAAGUAUUGGGGAAACAUUGAAAAGAUGAAUAAAUUGAUCUAUAUUACAAUUGUGUUAGACCCUCGGCACAAAUUAGAGUAUGUGGAGUUUGUACUUAAUGAAACUUAUCAAUGUGCCAAGGGUCAUGAAUUUGCAAAAAGAGUCAGGGAAGCCUUGUAUGAGUUGUAUAAUGAAUAUAAGAGUAUGUUUGCACCUCAAAGUGGAAGUGGACAAACUAUUGAAAAUGUCAAAUGUUCAAUUUUAAGUGAAAUAGAGAGUGAGCAACCCCAACAAUCACAAGCAAAAAAGAUAUUGACGAUGUCUCAAUUUAAGAAGUACAAGUCAGUAAGUAGAGGGGGAGAUGCUAAAUCAGAGUUGGAUAAAUAUUUGAAUGAAGAUACUAAACAUGGACAAGGUAAUGAUGACUUUGAUAUUUUUAAGAUGGUGGAAAGUUAA